AUGGCGAAUUCAAUCAGUGAGCAUGUAGAAAACUUGUUAGAUUCUGAUCAAAAUUUUGAAGAAUCAGAAGAGUCUGAAUAUUCGGAUAACUAUGAAGUCCAAAGCACAACUACAACAGUGGGUCAAGCAGGCGUUUCAGAUUUAAACGAUACUGGCGCUGUGAAUGCAAGCAUCAAUGCUUCUUCAGACCAUUACCUAUUAUCUUUGGCAAUAAAAUGUAAAACAGGCAAGGAAUCUUUAUCAGAUAAUACGGAACAGCAUCUGAAGGAAACUCAAAUAAAAUCUGCCAACAAUAAUGGUUCUGGACAUCCGAAUUACGGAUUUGGAAAGCGGUGGUCAAAAUCGGAAGAUGUUUUGCUCAAAGCGUUAGUUGAGCAACAUGGCGAACGUUGGGAGAUUAUUGGGCCACACUUUAAAGACCGACUUGAGCAGCAGGUGCAGCAACGUUGGGCCAAGGUCUUGAAUCCAGAACUAAUUAAAGGGCCAUGGACACGUGACGAAGACGAAAAGGUUAUUGAGCUCGUGCGAAGUUUCGGACCCAAAAAAUGGACUUUGAUUGCUCGAUAUCUAAAUGGACGAAUUGGCAAGCAAUGUCGAGAACGAUGGCACAAUCAUCUUAAUCCGAAUAUAAAGAAAACAGCUUGGACUGAAGAGGAAGAUACGAUUAUUUAUCAAGCUCACAUUCAACUAGGAAACCAAUGGGCCAAAAUUGCAAAACUUCUGCCUGGACGCACUGAUAAUGCAAUAAAAAAUCACUGGAACUCGACAAUGCGACGUAAAUAUGAUGCCCAGCGCAGAUCGGUUAAUGCUACUGGAAGUGAUUUAAAAAGCUCUCGAACACAUCUAAUUACAUUAAUCAAAUCUGGUGGUAUCAGUAAAAUGCAAUCUCAAUUGCUACAUAACAGACUUUCACCAAAAAUAGAAAAUAAAUCUCAAUCUAUAGAUAAUGGAAUCAUGUGUAACAGAAAUAGAACAGCUGAGCUUAGCGAGAUGGUGGAUUCUGCUGGAACUGAGCCGCUUAUUCGCUACUCAGCUAUUAACAUGCAACAUCCAGUUGGUAAAUGUCUAACAAUUCCCCUACAGCGACAAACACCGAAUAUCUUGAAACGGUCUCGUAAACACAUUCCCGAAUCGAAUAUACUAGCUGGUCCAUUGAUUGAUUUUUCCUUUGAUGAAGACAAGCCUAGACAGCCGGAUUCACCCGUUAUAACUCCCAUAAAAGCAUUACCGUUCUCCCCCAGCCGAUUUCUCAAAUCUCCAUGUCUAACAACAUUUGAAGACAUGAAUUUGCGCGCAAGCACGCCUGUCAUUAAGGUAUACAAUGCUUUGGGAAUAGAGGUCAAGAAAGAAUUGGAAACAGGCUCUAUUGAAACGCCACAUAAGAGUAAAAUAGGCCCACGAACACCCACUCCGUUUAAAAAUGCUCUUGCUGAAAUUGGCAAGAAACGUGAUGGUCGACGAUACGAGCCGUCUAGCCCGUCUAGCCUUGCCGAAGACCUGGCAGAAAUAAUUCAUGAAGAACAACUAAACGAUUCAGAAAUUGUACAAACUGUGCAAAACAACAAAAGAGUUAGUGGUGGCAAUAUAAAAAAAAAUGUACAAAAUAGUUCGCCUAGUAUUGAAACCGAAAAAGUAAGGGCAACACAGUCACCACCUCCAAAACGUGCAAGGAAAUCUUUACUUUCCACGUGGACCGCCAACCAUCUGCCAAAUGGUGGAUUUACUAAAAAGAUCCAACCGUUCGAAACUGAGACGCCUAGCAAAUUCCUUACAUCUCCAAGUAGUAUUAUGAAGGAUACGCUUUGUAGUGAACAAGAUCUUCCUUUCGAUGAAGGCAGGAAGGAGAACAGACCAUACAUCAGUCGUAGUAAAUAUAAGACCUCUGGUCUGUCAUCGUAUGAUCAUAUCAUCGAUCCAAAAUGGGCUCGAGUAGCGUGUGGCAAAACCAAAGAUCAACUAUUUAUGGAGGAACAAGCGUACGCAUGUCUUAAAAAUCUUUCGUGUGUCCCACGCUCACUUAACUUUGAAAAACAAAAGUGAAUCACAAAUCUAAUGAAUCAGUUCAAUUUUUUUUUUAUAUUAAGGGAAUAAGAUUUAUAAAUAGUGUAUCGUGAAAAGGGUUGCGCUAAAAUAUUUAUUUAAGGGCGCCUGUAUUUCAAAAUUCUUUUUAUUGAUAGCAAAGUAAUUUUCCUUUGUUUUCUAAAAUUAAUUUCGCACUAUUAAAAUAAAUUUUUUGAAU